AUGGCUGCAGGGAACGAGGACGAGGUGCCGGCGACCCCGGCAGCCUCAGCGAACAAUGGGAAUGAUUCAACUGCCCAAGAAGAGCCACCCGAGUCCAAGUCCGCACCUCCUGCAGCUGCCUCAACAGCAAGCCCAACUCCACCUCCUCCACCUGACGCCGCCCCAUCCACGAUGGCUGUCGAGUACGACGACUUUGGCCUACCCAUCAAACAAAACCAUCAAGUCCAAUACACGGAGGAGGAACUCGACACGGUGCAGGAAAGCACAGCGCGGCCGCCACGCCGCAAUCGGAGUGGCAGCAGGACUUCGUAUCGCACAAGGCCCAAUGGCAGCAUGCACAGAAAGACAAGCUCGGCCGCCUCAACCAGGUCGCGGAAGAGCGCGCAAGAAGUCGCGGACGAGAGUAGCAGCGGGGAGGACGAGUUCAAAGAUGCCCAGUCUGCUCCCCAGCCGGCGGAAGCUGAAGCUUCCGAUGAAGUGCCCAAGGCAAACGGACCACCAGCAAGUGGUGUCAAGCCAGAGCCAGAGCCAGAGAAGGACGUCACAGGCAAGAGUGACAGUCAGAAGGCCACGGAAAAGCGGGAACCGGCAACAACUGCCACAGCAGAAACUACGAAAGUGGAAGGGGAGACGGCGAAGGAGAAUGAAGCCAACGGCAAAACGGCUGAUGUUGGGCAGAAGGAUGCGCCAGUGGGCCAUAGCAAGCGCGAGUCAACAGUAGUCAACACCGCCGACGCCAGUGGCAUUCAGAUUUCCGAAUACUCUCAUCUGCAGUUGACAACACAAAAGAAGGAGGAAGAGAAGGACGACGACGACGGCUGGCAGACCAUGCCGGCCUACGCACCCUACGAUAUAUACGAUGACGACAAUAGGCUAAUUGCGAGGGAGCAUAAUGAGGAAGAGGACGAAAGUUACAGCUACGCGGGGAUGGGAGGAGCUGGAAAGGGCUACACAAGGGUCCUGGUCGACGAAGACGCCGAGUCUGCGACGAGCAUGGACGACAACACCAAUUAUCUGUUCAAGAAUCCCGCCGGGACGAGUGCGAUGGACGACGACGAACAGACUAGGGAUGCCGUCUCACAGAUGCAAGCUACAAAGGAUCUGUUGACCGAGGGCCAGAAAAUCGCGUACGUUGGCCUGGUGAGGAUAGAGCUUUCGCUUUUGGUCAAGGCGCUGGAGAAAGCACCGUGGACCAAGGCGACCAAGAAAGCAGGCCAGCUGGCAACGGAGGCAACCAAGAUGUGGUCCCAGAAGAUCAUGAUCCGCCUCUACACCCACAUGGACAUCAGCGCAGCUGAGCAGAUCAUGAUCGAGCAACUGAGCGAGCACGGAGUCAUAUCCAGCGACCUGACGCCACAGCUCAUGGCCAACGCCAGGGUCAAGAACCCUAUGGCGGAACGUAAAAGUUCAACAUCAAGCUCGCGACCCUCGAUGGCGUCUCCCAGACCUUCAGUCUCAUCACCGAGAUUACCGAGCGAAGAGACCCCGGCAGAACCACCUCCGGCCUACGACAAACACGAGGGUGAAGAGCUACCCGCAGUGCGGACUCCGAGCCAGCUGCCAAGCAGUGAAAAGCUAGACAUAGACAUCCGGUGGACCGUCUUGUGCGAUCUCUUCCUGGUGUUGAUUGCGGACUCCAUCUAUGACGCGAGGUCGAGGGUUCUCUUCGAGAGAAUCGGAAAGGCCCUGGAGAUAGAUUGGAUCGACAUCUGCCGCUUCGAGAAGAAGGUGACGGAGGCCCUGGAGAUGCAGCAACAAGCGGAAAGGGAGAACUGGAACGAAGACGAGCACAUGGAGAGUCGUCGCAAGCUGGCGUUGAAGAAGCGCUAUAUUGCCAUGGGUCUGGCAACCGUUGGCGGCGGUUUAGUCAUUGGCCUGUCCGCAGGUCUCCUAGCCCCCGUGAUCGGCGCCGGUCUGGCGGCGGGUUUCACGACAAUUGGCGUCACGGGGACUAGCAGUUUCCUUGCUGGAACAGCAGGCGCAGCAAUCAUCACGUCCAGCUCUGCGGCUGCGGGUAGUGUGAUUGGAGCAAAGGCUGCCAACCGGAGGACAGGUGCCGUGAAGACAUUUGAGUACCGCCCACUGCACAACAACAAGAGGGUCAAUCUUAUUGUCACUAUCUCGGGCUGGAUGACGGGUAAAGUCGAUGACGUACGCCUACCAUUCAGUACCGUCGACCCGGUGAUGGGCGACAUGUACUCGGUCUUGUGGGAGCCCGACAUGCUGACCAGUAUGGGUGACACCAUCAACAUCCUGGCCACUGAGGCUCUCACGCAAGGUCUGCAACAAGUCCUCGGCAGCACCAUCCUCGUGAGUUUAAUGGCAGCGCUGCAACUGCCCGUUGUUCUGACGAAGCUGUCCUACCUAAUCGACAACCCGUGGUCCGUCUCGCUCGAUCGAGCGUGGGCUGCUGGUCUGAUUCUGGCGGACUCGCUGAUUGAACGAAACCUGGGAACGAGACCCAUCACUCUCGUGGGCUACUCUCUUGGCGCCAGGGUCAUAUUCUCGUGCCUGCUUGAGCUGGCCCGCAAGGGCGCGUUCGGGAUUGUUCAAAAUGUCUACAUGUUUGGCUCACCCAUCGUGGUCAAACAAGACGAGUUUCUGAAAGUCAGAACCGUGGUGCCUGGUCGCUUUGUCAACGGGUACCACCGCAACGACUGGAUCCUUGGGUACCUCUUCCGCCUAACGAACGGAGGCAUCCGCACCGUUGCGGGCCUGAACCCCAUCGAGAAUAUUCCGGACCUGGAAAAUGUGGACACCUCGGAGCUUGUCAAUGGCCACAUGGACUAUCGUAGGGCCAUGCCACGUCUCCUGCGGGAAGUAGGCUGGACGGUCGAGAGCGAUGAGUUUACCGAGAUUGAGGACCCGGAUCCAGAAAACCACACCAAGAGGCAACGCGAGCUGAUCAACGAGAUAGAGGAGGCGAGAAAGGAGCUUGAAAAGGAAGGGGCCGAGAACAGCAAGAAUAAUAGCCGCAAAAGCGGAGCGUUCGGCGGCUUCUUCAGCCGCAAGAAGAAGGCGCAGAAGGCCGAAUGGGAGGUGUACGAGGAUUCUGCAAAGGCGGCCGCAAAUGGAACCAGUUCUGGGAAGCUAGAAUACAAGGAGGGGAGCAAUCACGGAGUGCUGUUCGACGUCGACGCGAUCCGCGCAGAGCUGGCCAGAACCCAGGAGGACGAAACGCUGCAGGUGCGGGAGCUACAGUCGACGCUGCCGCCGAUGAAGCUGCCGAGCCCCGGCCUGGCCUCGAGCACGAGCCCAAGAGAAUCGCUGACACACACGAGGAGCAUGGACGCCUACUCUGCAUGGGGCUCUUCAAACCCCUCAUCCCCGGAAUCCACCCGAAAGCGUACGGAUGAUGAGAUCCAGAUGACAUUCGACACGUCCUUCGAGGAUCCUCACCGGUCGCAGCGGAGCCAGACGUUCUCGAGCAAUGUAUCGGACACGUCGUCGAGGCCCGGCCUCAAGCCGACACAGACGGUGCCGAGCAUACCGACGGCAAACCCCUGGGCGGUCGACCCAGAUGACGAUGAUUUCGGCAAGGAGAAGGACGAGAUUUCAAUGACUUUUGCCUAG